AUUCUUAUAUGUAUAAUGCUAUGUCCUAUGCUAGCAUCUUGUAUGCAAGUGUAUUUCUUUUUAGCUCACUCGUAACUUAUAGUUAAGCCACUACUAGCUUGGCACACACCAUGGUGACAGGUAGCAGUUUCAGUUUAGUGGACAGGAUAGUAUUGUGACACAAAAUAUCAAUUUGUUAAAGUCAGUGUAUCUAAAAAGAUCAAUCAUCCAAGCUUGUACUUUUCCUCAGCUAUGUGACUGUAUUUUCAGAUUCCUGGCUCAGUGUUGUUUUACGGGUCAGGACUUAAGGGCUUCUUGUUGCUUGUUGGUGAUCACUGUGGGCAAUUGCCGCUGUGAUAUAAGAGCAAACCGUUGAGACCUCCUUUGGUUUACAGGAAUUUUGAAGGAAUUCUAGAGGACAGGAAUUUUGUAGAAAAAAUUAAUUUGAAGCCUUUUGGUUUGUAGGAAUGGAUUUCCUAUUCCUAUGUAGGAUAGGAAUCCUUAACAUUUCAAAGGGAAAAAAAAAUUAGCCUAGACCCAAUGGAAAACUUCCUAUCCUAUGAAUCAAAUUUCAUCUCUUUUCUAAUUGGAAUUGAGACACAUAUCUCAUUUCCUAUGGUUUUCCUAUUCCCAUGACAUUCCUAUCCUACGAACCAAAAAGGGAAAUCUCCCACAGAGCAAGUAAAAAUCUGAGCAUAAAUGUCUUGCUUAGCCGGUAAUUCCCCAAAAGAGAAAACUUCACUUUUCAGGAAGUAAGUCCAGUCAAACGCUCAAAAACACACAGAAUUAUCUUAAGAUUUCUAGCCCCCUCCAAAUCAUCCUCAAGCAUAAAAAUGGUGUUGUCAGCAUACUUCUGUAUGGCUAAACCCACCAUUGUGUAGCUGAGGGACUAAGCCUUUAGUGAAACCUUAUUAUUGGGCUCUUUUGAUCAGAGUAGCCAGUUAUUUUGGCCGAUUAAUCUUCCAAUAUGCUAGUUUCAACAACAGCAGCAACAUUAUAAAAUGUAAAGAAGAGAAGGGGUCUCCUUGGCUUGCCUGAGCCCCUUCCUAGUAACAAAGUAUUAGCCAUAAACCUAUCAUGUCAUUCAGAGUAUUAGCAACCUUGCCAUUGCAGACAACAGCUUUAGUCCACCGAACAAACUUCCUAGGGAAACCUUUCAUUUUUAGGACUGAAAAACAUAAACUCCAAAUCGAUUUUGUCGUAUGCCUUCUCAAAAUCUACUUUUAGAGCUUACAAGAAGCUCAGGACGCCACUGACUGUCAUCACACUAAUCUGUGUAAAUUCAAGUACAUGGGGGAUCUUUCAGAGGAGGAUAUCCAUGUGUGGCAGACCCUGUACUGGCCUAAUGGUACAAGGAUGAAUUCCAAACAAGCUUUGGAUGUGAUGAUGAACCGCCGCCCCAAAUGGGAUGUACUUAACGCUUUACUGGACAAGUACAAUGAGGACCAUCAUCUUUUUGGGGAUUUUGCAUAUGAACUGAAGGAAAUUGUGAGUUACAAACCACAUUUUCAGGGAAAAAACUCUCCAUACAAAUGCAGAUCAUUCUCUCACUUAAAUUUGAUUGUCAAGACUGGGUCGAGUACCGUCGGCGAUCCUUUCUUCGCUGAAAUUACAUGUAUGAAGGAUGGCGAGUUGGAGGAAUAUGUGCUCAGCUGUAUAUGUGUUGUUACGCCAGAAGCUAACGGCGAGUGCUGUGGAUGUGGAGAUGAUGUAAAGCACCCCACUGGUGUUGAGUACAAAAAGCGAGAUAAGUUGCCUGUUCGGCGUAAUGGUUGUAGGCGAAUGUCAGAAGAAUUAUUCAAUGAGUUUAUUGUUGUUCGUGAUGAGGAUUGGCUGGAUGCGGAGGAGGCCUGGGUGAGACAAGAGUUUAGGAUGAGCAACAAAGGAGAUGGCCAGGGAAUGAGGGGCAGAUACGUCAUACCGGCAAAACGGUAGAUGUGCAAGCAUAGAGUGCAUUUCUGCAUGCCAAAGCAAGGCGGGUGGUAGAAAGAGAAGCGAUUGGCUAGUUAGGUUUCCCUUAGCCCCCUUUUGUUCUGUUUCAGUAUGCUUAGAUCUCAAGACUCCUCUAUAGUACCCCCUCCGUUGUACUAAGCUUGAGACACUUAUUUUGAGACGGACAAAGUAGUGUCUUUAGAAUGCCAUAAACAAGAAGAAAGAACCUGUGGCAAGACGAGAAAGUCGCCGAGCCAUCGUAACGUGUGGCCUGGUGCGUUGCUAUCGUUACGGUCUGUACCGGUGGUACUGAGCUAUGUACUCUGCGCA